ACAACUUCCUGCUCACUGAGUCGACUCGCCUGCAAUGUGCAAUUUUAUUUUUUUCCUAAAAAGAAAAACCCUAAUUCUGCAACCGAAAUUCUGUCCCCAGCCAUUAGAAUCUCUAUAAAUGGCGUGUUUUUCUGCCCAUGUUCCCAACACCUGCGCCGCAGAUUUCGCUUCUGACAAACCCUUUGCGGUGUUGAGUUUAUCUCAUAGAGUUGAGUAUUCAUGAGUCGUUUUGAAUUUCAUGCAUUUGGCUAUGGCUGCCUCUCAUUGUGCCGGGCUGUAAGUUCUCUGCAGUGGAAAUGUGGUUCUUGAGAAUCUUCCAAUGGAGGGUUUUGUAAUUUUUUUCUAAUUCCUGUUCUUUAUGGAUUUUUGGCGAUGGAUUUUCGUGAUGAAUUUCUGCUGCAGGUAUUGAUUGGGAUUCAUCAUUUAUUUGAUCAGUGAAAAAACUUCCAUUAGAGUUGUUUUUUAGUUUUCAUUUUAGGAUUUCUGCAGCACAACAUGGUUUCUCUGUGUGUGUUUAAAAAUGGUCAAUGAGGUUGUCCUGUAAAAUUCUGUGAUCUUUGGAGCUGAGUUGAAGGUAUCUAUCUGUAAGUGAAAAAACCAUGGGGGAGACUGGGGAUACCCCCAUUUCUAACAACCCUGCCGUUAGGAGGUCCUCUAGAAGUAAAAAAGUGUUGAGGAAUUACAAUGAGAAUCUGAUGGACGCCUUAAUAGAGAAACAAAUCGGGUCCUCUUCGAGAAAGAAAAGCAGGACACGUGAGGAUCUGGAGAAAGAAACCAAAACCGAAGCCAUGAUUGCUUUGUCUUUAGGGUUCCCUAUAGACGAGCUGCUUGACGAGGAAAUCAAAGCUGGGGUCGUGACCGAACUUGGCGGGAAAGAGCAGAAUGACUACAUUGUCGUUAGGAACCAUAUACUUGCCAAGUGGAGGGACAAUGUGCACACGUGGCUCUCCAAGGGGCAGAUAAGGGAAACCGUUAGCAACGACUAUGCGCACAUAAUAAAUGCAGCUUACGAUUUCCUUUUAAAUAACGGGUACAUUAAUUUCGGCGUCUCCGCAUGCUUCGAGUCGCAAAUAUUCGAGGAAAAUCAAGAAACUUCCGUGAUAAUAAUCGGCGCUGGUUUAGCCGGAUUAGCUGCAGCUAGGCAGCUCAGGUCUUUCGGUUAUAAAGUGUUUGUUCUUGAAGGAAGAAACCGACCUGGCGGGCGGGUUUACACCCAAAAAAUGGGUCAAAAGGGCACAUACGCCACUGUAGACCUCGGAGGAAGUGUGAUAACGGGCAUUCACGCCAACCCUUUAGGCGUUCUGGCUCGGCAGCUCUCUAUCCCUCUUCACAAGGUGAGGGAUAACUGCCCCCUCUACAAGCCCGAUGGUGGGCCCGUCGACAAAGAAAUCGAUUCGAAUGUUGAGUUAAUCUUCAACAAGCUGCUCGACAAGGUCUCGCAGCUCAGAGGAGUAAUGGGUGGAUUUAUCGCCAAUAUUUCACUCGGCUCGGUUCUUGAAACGCUCAGGCAAUUGUACGCCGUGGCCCAGAGUGAAGAGGAAAGACAGCUUCUCGACUGGCAUUUUGCGAAUUUGGAGUUUUCAAACGCGGGCAGCCUCUCAAACCUCUCGGCCGCUUACUGGGACCAAGAUGACCCGUACGAGAUGGGUGGGGACCACUGUUUCUUGGCGGGCGGGAACUGGUGGCUGAUUCGAGCCCUGUGCAAAGGAAUCCCGAUUUUGUACGAGAAAAUCGUGCACACGAUUAGGUACGGUGAGGAAGGUGUCGAGGUCCUUGCCGGAGAUCAAGUGUUUCAGGCAGAUAUGGUUCUCUGCACGGUUCCACUCGGCGUUCUGAAGAAGAAAAUGAUUAAAUUCGAGCCCGAGUUGCCGGAACAGAAAGUGGCGGCAAUCGAUAGGCUCGGGUUCGGGCUGCUGAAUAAAGUUGCCAUGGUUUUUCCCCAUAAUUUUUGGGGGGAGGAUUUGGACACGUUUGGCUCGUUGAGCGAGACCAGUCAGCAAAGGGGCGAAUUCUUCUUGUUCUACAGCUAUCACACGGUUUCUGGUGCUCCGGUGCUCGUGGCAUUGGUGGCGGGCGAAGCUGCACAGCUGUUUGAGAAUGCGGACCCCAUUUCUUCAGUCCAUCGUGUUUUGAGUAUUCUUAGAGGCAUUUAUGGUCCCAAAGGAGUAGACGUGCCGAAUCCAAUACAAUCGAUUUGCACAAGAUGGGGCUCGGAUCCCCUGUCCUACGGCUCGUAUUCGCACAUAAAGGUACAAUCUUCAGGGGACGAUUACGACAUUCUUGCAGAAAGUGUCGGGGGCCGCCUGUUUUUCGGAGGGGAGGCCACGACUCGACAGUACCCAGCCACCAUGCACGGUGCUUACCUCAGCGGGCUCAGGGAAGCUGCCCGAAUCCUCCGAACCACGAGACAGAGGCAAACCGAUCAAAAUCCGAGGAAGCCCGUGUCUAGAAAUCCGGGCCUGAAUGGUGAUGUAUUGUCGAAACUCUUCGAGAGGCCACAUUUAGCAUUUGAUGACGAUGAUUUCUGCUUUGUGUUCGACCCUUUAUCGGAUGAGGACCCGAAGUCGUUGGGCCUGAUGAGGGUGGCUCUCGAGGCCCGGCCCAAUGAAAGUUGUGGGGAUGGGCAGUUGAUGAGUCAGCAGCAGUUGAUGCUUUAUGCAGUGGUGACCAAAGAACAGGCGUUGGAGUUGGAGAAAGUUGGUGGGGAAAAAUCGAGCAAGUUGGGUUUUUUGUCGCGUAAUUUAGGGAUUAAGCUGAUGGGGGCCGAUGCAAUAGGGACUUUGGCGAAUGGGUUGAUUGCUAAAAUUAGUAGCGUGAGAAGAAGUAGGGUUCGGUCUCGGGUGGUUGGAGGGAAGUGAUAUCUCAAGGGGGGAUUUGUUGUUGCCAACCGAUGUUUUGUGCUUUUGUGAUUUUUGUUGUGUUGUCUGUCAACAAAGAUGUAUUGGAGCAUGAAAUUUGUAAAACAGGGUUAGGAAAAAAAGAAGAAAAAAAAAAAAAGAAG